AGGGCGGUCGGCUCGGAUGGCUCCGUCGCGGCGGGUGAGGCCUCCGGGGCGCGCGGGUGCGAGAUAUUCAAAGAACACUGUGGGAAGAACACAUUCCACAAAAAAGAAAACUGGCCAAAAGCACAAGCCUCCUGAUGUCUUUGAUUUUCCUGAUAGUUCUGAUGCCUCCAGCAUCGGUGAGCUGGGUGAAAAUGAGAAAGAUGAAGAACCUUAUGAAACCUUUGACCCUCCCUUACACAGCACUGCUAUAUAUGCUGAUGAAGAAGAAUUCUCCAAGCACUGUGGGUCAUCCAUCCCUUCGACUCCUCAAGGAAAAGAAGCGAAAAGAAGUUCGAACACUUCUGAAAUUGAAGCAAGUGAAAACGAGUCUGUGAUAAUUAGCGCAAGAAAGUCAGAAAGAAAACGCAAGCCCAUUAGUGAUGAAUCUGAAAGCAGUGAAGAAAGUGAUAUAAGAAGAAAAGUUAAACCAGCGGAGAAAACAAGUCCACAACAACCUGAAGCUGUUCCAGCUGCAGCAUCUUCAGAACCUGCAGAGAAACCAGGGGCAUCGGUCACUCGUACAAAGAAAACUCAGAGAAAGGAGAAGAUGUUUCAUGGCAAAAGGAAGAAACCAAGACGUGAAUCCAUAGACUCAGAUAUCUCCGAUUGUGUACAUAUUUGGUGUCUAAAAGGAAAGAAAACCAGUGACAUCAUGGAGUUAGAUGUUGUUUUGUCUGCAUUUGAGAAAACCCUCCUAGAGUAUAAACAAAAAAUAGGACCUAAAAUUUGUAAGGAAGCCAUCGACAAAUUUCAUUCUCAUAUGAGAGAAGAACUCAUCACAAUGAUUAAAGAAGUCCAGAUGUUGAAAACUCUGAAAAGGAAGAAUGCUAAGGUGAUUUCAGAUACUGAAAAGAAAAGGCAGCGUUUGAUUGAAAUCCAGGAUGAACUGCUUCGGUUAGAACCACAGCUGAAACAACUACAAAUUAAAUAUGAUGAACUUAAGGAAAGAAAAUCUUCCCUUAGGAAUGCAGCAUAUUUCUUAUCUAAUUUAAAACAGCUUCAUCAAGAUUAUUCAAAUAUUCACAAGAAAGACCCGAAUGUAAAGGAAACGUACGAUUCAUCCAGCCUUCCAGCUCUGUUAUUCAAAGCAAGAACCCUUUUGGGAGCUGAAAACCAUCUGCAACAUAUCAACCAUCAAUUAGAGAAGCUACUUGACCAGGAAUGAGAAGACCAGUCUUCUAAUAUGUGCCUAUAUAAAGAUUAGUCUCAUGCUACCGUCUGUUGCCUUCUGAAACUGUACUUUUAUAAAUAAUUCUUUUUGAAAAAUCAAAAGGGGAGAUAUAUAUUUUUACUUCAUUUUUCCACAAAGGAGAUUAGGGGAGAAAACCCCAACUUUAUUACUGUUAAUUUGAGUUGAACAUUUCUUUUUUUAAUGUAUCUGAGAAUGUUGCUAUAAUAAUAAAAAGUAAACUUCUCUAAUUGUUCAGACUGGUUGUAUGGCCUUGUCAUCAGGAUUUAAUAUUACUUUGUCAUUCAAAUUAAGUGAAUGAACAAUGUUAAGAGGCAUCAGUUUG